AGAUUAGAGAGACGCCGUGGCCGGUGACCCUUUCACAAAAAAAAAAAGAAAAAAGAAUAUAUAUCAACUCGAGAGGCAGAGCUAGAACUCUUCCUCUCUAGUUUUCGUUCUUUCUUGAAAAGGGGAAAAGGAAAAUAUAAACCACGAAAUUCGAUAUUUUGUUUCCAUUUCGUUUUUACGAAAUCAGAAAAUCCAAUACCAUCAGUUUCGUCUGGGAAGAGGAAAAAAUCUGCACCCUUUUCCAUUAGGGUUUUGGGGUUCGUCUUCUAUUAGAUGAUGUGCGUGGGCAUUCCUCCUCUGUUCAUCUCUGCGUCGGAUGGAAGACCGUGAUAACUCACCCCCGAAGUGUUUGUGAAGUUGCAAGUGGUGUUCAUUGUGUUUCCUUGAAUGGUCUGUCAAUGUGGACUUGUCUCUCCACAGGAUUACUACAAGAUUCUGGAAGUUGAUUAUGAUGCAACUGAAGAGAAGAUCAGAUUGAAUUAUAGGAAGCUUGCAUUGAAGUGGCACCCGGAUAAACACAAAGGUGAUAGUGCGGCUACAGCUAAAUUCCAGGAGAUAAAUGAAGCUUACAAUGUGCUGAUGGACCCUGAUAAACGUUUUGAGUAUGAUUUAACUGGUAUUUACGAGAUUCACAAGUAUACUCUGCGGGAAUAUCUCUCCAGAUUUAAGGGAAUGAUACUUACUUGCAAUGGGCUUGGCAUAAGUCAUUCCUCAUCGCCAUGGUCCCAGCAAUUAACAGAUACGAGCAGCGGGACAGAUGAGCAAGGUUACUGUAUAAACUGAAGCACAGAUGGAGCCAUAGGCUAUCCUGAGAGAAUCUCUUGGGAUUACCCGUCUCAUCGCCUUUCACGGGAUAUUACUGUAUGAACUGAAUCAGAGGCAAAGCCGAAAGCUUUUUGCUGCCCAUUUGAGGUAUAAGCUUCUUCGCCGUUGUUGUACUUGUGUAUGUUCCCCCCAUUGAGUCAGAAUAAGAAUGGAAGAAUGUGAAGGUUCUUAGAGACGAAUGGUAGAUAGUUUUAGUCACCUUCAUAUCAUAUAUUUGGAGUAUGGAUUCAUUGAUAGACAUGAGGAAAAUAAAGCAUGUUAUAUAUAUGAUACUCUGUUUAUUCUCGUUGGCGUA